CCUCCGACCAAGAUGAGUUCAUCCUCUAGCAACGGAUUUCCCCGCCAGAUCACCCCGUCGAUUCCGAUACGACGCCAGGACGUGAUCCGCUGGGACGGUUGGGGCUACAAAGACUCCCGGUUUGAACUUGUGGGAAAAGAGGACAGUUUGCGGUUUUCUGGAAAGCGAUACCCGAUAGCCGGUGGAGCUUGGCUGAACGGGUUCAAGACGUGGGUUGAGGAGUACUUUGGCGUAAAGGCUAGUGAACGAGCGCCGGAAGCUAGGAUGCCGGUGGAGUUUCCGGAUCCGGUUCGGAGUGAGGGGUUUCUGCGGGGUUUGGAGGAUCGCGGAGUGAGGCACUCCGAGGACGGGAUGGACCGGUUGAUGCGAAGUCACGGGCAAACGCUGGAGGACAUUGAGCGGGUUCGUGGUAGUAGUUACACGAAGAUCCCGGAUGUGGUGGUGUGGCCAAGCGGACACGAUCAGGUAAUGGAAGUGGUUCAGUUGGCGCAGGAAUUUGAAGUAGCGAUUAUACCGGUUGGAGGGAACUCGUCGGUGUCGGAAGCUGUGACGACUCCAAACAUCGUUGGAAGAACAAUAGUGUCGUUGGAUAUGACGCAGAUGAAUCGGCUGUUGUGGUUGAACGUCGAUAAUAUGACGGCUUGCUUUGAAGCUGGUGUAACGGGACAAGAUAUCGAGCGUGAGCUGGCUAAAGAGGGGUUAACCUUGGGUCACGAACCAGAUUCGUACGAGUUCUCGACUUUAGGAGGUUGGAUCGCAACACGUGCUUCCGGGAUGAAGAAGAACACUUACGGAAACAUUGAAGAUCUGGUCGUGCGAAUCAAGAUGGUCACCGGAGUAGGAGUACUAGAAAAGCAGAUCCUAGCUCCACGGGUUUCCUGUGGGCCAGAUCUCAAUCACGUGAUAUUCGGAUCUGAGGGAACACUAGGAGUGAUCACCGAGGCGGUCAUCAAAGUGCGAUCACUUCCGGAGGUUCGUCGAUACGGGUCAUUAGUAUUCCGCGAUUUUGAUACGGGCGUUGGAUUUCUGCGUGAAAUUGCCGCUAAGCGGCUUCAACCCGCAAGUAUUCGUCUCAUGGACAACAUGCAGUUUCAACUUGGCCAACACCUUCAGCCCGAUGGAACCUGGUUCAACAAUAUCGUCAAAAGUGUUACCAAGACCUACUUGAGCACAAUCCGUAGAUUUAAACUUGACUCAGUAGCUGUUGUUACGCUCAUGUUCGAAGGAACUUCAGAAGAAGUGAAAGCACACGAGAAGAAAAUCUAUGAAGUAGCCUCUACGCACGGGGCCAUUAACGGGGGUUCCAAGGGUGGCGAGAAGGGCUACACCAUGACCUUCGUGAUCGCUUACAUUCGGGACUUUGCCAUGGAGUUUAACAUCAUGGCGGAAUCGUUCGAGACGUCCCUCCCGUGGGACAAGUGUCUCACCCUUUGCCGCAACGUCAAAAGCCGCGUCACCGAAGACUGCCACCAACGAGGGAUAACCCGACUGAUGAUCGCCUGUCGCGUGACCCAGGUCUACGACGACGGCUGUUGCGUGUACUUCUACCUCGCGUACAAACAUCCCGAACACCUCGGCGACACGAUUCCCGUCCAGCUGUUCAAGACCGUCGAGGAUCGUGCCCGAGAUGAAAUUCUAGCUUCCGGUGGGACGCUGUCCCAUCAUCACGGGGUAGGAAAGGUGCGGAGUCGGUGGUAUUCGCAAAGUGUUUCAACGACGGGAGUAACGGUGUUGCAAGCGGUCAAACGGGCGCUCGAUCCGAAGAAUACCUUUGCGGCGGGGAAUUUGGUCGGGGAAGAGCCGAAGUAUAUUCAGAAUUCUGUCUUCGUGGCGGUGGAGGAGGAGGACGAGACGCAUGAAUCCGGCGGGCCAGGUCUUCGUGGCGGAAGACAGGACCGGGAGGAACCGAGCUUAUGGAGGAUAUGGUUCAUUCCAAAGGAGGAGGAGGAUGAAUCACCGAAUGUCAAAAGUUCUACCCAAGAACUGUUGCUUCAAGUCAUUGAAAUGAUGGAAGAGGCGCAUUUCAAAGUAUCGGGAGUGAGCUUGGAAGACCGGAAGUAUGAGGGCUAA